GAAGCAACAUACACUGUUUUUACUUAAUCUCUGUGUAAACCACCCUAUGUUGUGUAUCAUAAUAUUAAGUGAGCUCCGACUUGUUUUUGGAAGAUUGAUUGGAAUGAAAACACAAAACGUAACGUACUGUUGAAAUAACAGUCGGUGUUUUCCUUUUAGAAAACUCCUGACACUUUUCGAUUACAACUUGCCCAAGUUUUGUUUAUUUUCUUUCGCUGCGGGACGUGUUUAUACAAACAACUAGUGGAAAAACAUCAUGCAUACUAUAUUUUCUGAGCAUCCGACGGCUUACAACCGCUACAGCAGCUACAGUAGUUCGGCUUCAGCAGCUAUAACAGCAUCGAAUCCGUACGCGUACGAGCAGUACUCUCGGUACGGGUAUCCUUCACCAUGGCACCAUCAACAACAUCCCUUAAGCACUGCCAAAGACAUGGUGAAGCCUCCGUACAGCUACAUCGCUUUAAUCGCCAUGGCUAUACAGAACGCACAAGACAAAAAGAUAACUCUAAACGGCAUUUACCAAUUCAUCAUGGAACGAUUCCCGUACUACAGAGAAAAUAAACAAGGUUGGCAAAAUUCCAUAAGGCACAAUUUAAGUCUGAACGAAUGCUUCGUGAAGGUUCCUAGAGACGACAAGAAACCGGGCAAAGGCAGUUAUUGGACCUUGGAUCCCGACUCAUACAACAUGUUCGAUAAUGGUUCUUACCUCAGAAGACGAAGGCGAUUCAAGAAAAAAGAUGCUCUUCGGGAAAAAGAAGAGCAGCUGAAAAGACAACAAAUCCAGUCCGAUUCUCCUAUAAACAAACGCGAGGAGAAGCCUUUAGAAGAUAUCAAAAGCAAGUUGGAAUGCAAGCCUAAAAGGGAGCCUAAUACUGAAUUGAGCCAUUGUAUGAGUACGAAAUAUGGCGAUCCUAAAUCGGUGAUAGUUCAUCAGGAACAUGUAAUGAGUGACGUUACGGCCAGUCUGCAGGCUAUGGACAGUGCGGCGGCAUUUAGUGUGGACAGUUUGAUGACCAGUAGAGAACAGGCGAUUAGUUACAGUAAUUCUGCAAGACUGCAUUCAUCUGGAGGAAUGUACUCGUACUGUCCGUCGGCUACUCCGCAACACCAAUACAGCAUAGCGGACGAAGCCGCCCCCCGUUACAGCCCCUGGUACAGCCCCGAAACCUCCCCUGAGUCGGCCACCAGCUACCGAGACAUCAUUUUUGACAACAGUGCCGCCCCCUCCUGCCAACUGGCGGGCUUCAGGCACCCCGGCGUCACCCCUAGCCCGCCAAACUAUCGCACCACCGCCGCAUACUAUCAAUCGACGGACUGCGUGGGGCAGAAGUACUGAGGGUAUGGCAUACUAGACGUGUAAAUAUGUAAAUAACGAAGACUGAUGAUGAUUAUGGGUGGUUAGCACGAAACGUAUGUAUAAGGUUUUCGAGGAAUUUGUGUGCAAUUUUCGUUAGGUUUUUUAUGGGGGAAAGUGGGAGGCGAAUCUCUUCAAAUAAACGUAAAAAUCUGUGAUUUGAAACAUAUACCAAUACCUACAGUUUGCCCAAAAAGUUAUUUAAUGAAUAAUUACAUAAUACUAAAUAUAAAACUAUGUAUUUUAGCAUACUUCCUUAAAUUUCUAUAUUAUUUCUUCUAUUCUAUACAUCGUUCAUCUAAUGCUUUUAAUCUUUAUAUUUUUGUUUUUUUUUUACUUUGCACGUUUUUUGGGAAUAGUUUUGGAUUUCACUAGCAAUCUUACUGAUCUUAGUGGAAGUGGAAUAGACUAUGGUUGAUUUUCAAACCAAACUUUUAACACUUUUUAUAGCUAAUAUUAAGUUUUCCAAAGAAGCAAAAAAGUGUUUUAUUUUUAAAAAUUAUUUCUGUCCUUUUUAUAUUUUCUAUUAUGCUCAUGCAUCACCUUGCACAGAGUUUGAACUAAAUCCUUUCCAUUGUGCUUCGCUUUUUUGUAAUAUUUCAUAGAACAUUUGAUUUCUUUUCAUUGCUGUUAUACACUUGUUUGAAAUCUAGAAAAUUAUAGAUAUACAAUCUGGUUGUGUAUUUGUCACAGGCAGGAUAUGUGUGAAUAUUCGACCCAUAAAUGAUUUAUUUUUCCUGAUUUUUCAAUAUCAUUAGAAAACUUGUGAAGAAAAUUGCAGUUAUUAAGAGAAAAAUUAUCGAAAAGAAGAAAGAUAUGGCUUGCUGCAACUAAUUCUUCAGAGCAAGGUACCUAUUUGGAAUGAGAGGACCAGGGAGAAGAAGAAUAUCUUGGCUUCAAAAACCGGAAAGUGGUUGAAUACGUCUACGAACCAGACUAUUUCGAAUAGCAGCAAGCUGAGUUAGGAUAACCAUGCUGAUCCCCGACAUGCAGGUGGACACUAUAAGAAGAAAAGACAAUAACAGUGCCUUCAUUGUAAAACAAGUAAUCGAAAAACGAAGACAACUUAACUCGUGCAAACUUACAAUUGAGGCGCUCGGAGCAACAGGCAACAGUGGUCUAAUCCACAACACAAAGUUAAAAGAAGCUUUUAUUACAUUAAAGUUAUUGCUUAU